UUGUAAAUAAGAGGGUAUAAGUACUACUGUGGAGUAGCUGAGUUAUUCUUGUAAUCCAGAUUGCUACGCACUCUCUAAUUAUUUAAUUGUUGUUAUAGAAUAAUAUGAAAAUCUUCCAAAUAUCUACAGGAUUCAUAGGAGAAAAGGUACUCAAGCAGAUUGGAAUGAAGUACUUGACGAUUGUAUCUGCUUUGUUGAAAUGUAUUUCCACAUGUAUGCUUUCAACUGUAAACGGCCCAGUGUCUUUUGCCGGGUGGAUGACGGUACUAGCUGUUGCUUUUGGCUUGACAUGUUCAACAAGUGUAUCUGUCUUGGGGUUAAUAUUUGGCGACCAUCUUAGUAACGCAAUUGGAUUUGUCACCCUUUUACUUAUGAUUGGCACCGCAACACCUCCUGCUACACAGAUUUUAUGCAGAUAUUUGGAUAAAUUCCGUAUCGGGAGAUGUUAUAUCACUACCACUACCACUAAUGCCACCACUACUGCUACUUUCACUACUACCACCACCACCACAAGCCCAUAGCCAGGAUUUCGAUAGAGGGGUUCUUUUUUAUACUGAAAGGGCACUUGCGAGCGAAGCAAGCACCAUUGGCUGGGGGCCAGGGGCUGCCAAGGGCCCCGGUGGGGUCCAGGGGCGAAGCCCCGGUGCCGGUGUGGGUUCAGGGGUCGAAGCCCCGGAAGCUCCAGCAACCUAGAUAUUUACAUGUGUUACUUAAUUGAUUUGAGAGGACAUACAUUUAAAAAAUGUAUAUAUUAAAGAGGUAAUUUUUUUAGUUAGGCAGAGAUUAAGUACUACAGUACUGGUAAUUUGACAAGAG